CUGAAAAGAUUUAAUUUACAUAUAACUCUGGUCACACAUAUUUUAUCCAUAGAAAAGAAGAAUUAGAAUCGUAUCAACAUGCAAGGGCUUGGGUUACAAAGUCUUAAGAAAAAUCCUGCACUGAUCCCACUUUAUGUCUGUGUUGCGGCAGGAGCCAUUGGUGCCGUCUAUUAUAUGGGUCGUUUAGCUACCAGAAAUCCAGACGUGACAUGGAAUCGCUCAACAAACCCAGAACCAUGGCAAGAGUACAAAGACAAACAAUAUAAGUUUUAUUCUCCUGUGAGGGACUACUCAAAAACAAAGAGUGCUGCUCCAAACUAUGAGGAAUAAUAUCUUUAACAUGUUAUUAAAUUCAA